AUGGUGCAAGUCUUACGCUACUGGAGGUACUACCUUAUUAAUAGAGAGUUUGUUGUAUACUCAGAUCAUGAAGCACUCCGGUAUUUGAGUUCUCAGAAAAAAUUGAAUGCGCUACAUGCUAAAUGGAUGGCCUUCCUUCAAGAAUACAUCUUCCUAUUAAAGCACAAGGCUGGAACCCAAAAUAAGAUAGUUGAUGCUUUAAGUAGAAGGGCAGUGUUGCUUAGAACUUUAUCUAUGGAAGUGUUAGGGUUUGAAGUGAUCGAAGAUCAAUAUAAAGUUGAUCCAAUUUUCAGCAAGGUCCUUGAAAGGUGUGUUGAUGGGCGAGACCCUAUGGGUGAGUAUAUCACGCAUGAUGGUUGUUUAUUUAAAGAUGUGCAGUUAUGUAUACUUGAUUGCUCCCUAAGGGAGAAGAUAAUCAUGGAGCUUCAUGGUGGGGGCUCGGGUGGACACUUUGAGAAGGACAAAACUAUGGCUAUGGUUGGAUAA